GCCCAUCCCGAGUCUGACCGAGGGGUUGUCCAACAUGGCGUUUGAUGUGGUGGCCACGAAUCACACAUCAUCUCGUUCGCUGGCCAAAGGAUAUCUGCGCACAGUUGACUAACGUCAUCUAGGAAACCAUAUCCGGUGGUGUUUGUUUUUGUCUCCCUUUUUUUUUAAAAAAAAAAAGUAUCGGGCCACACCAGCAGUCGUGACGAGGUUCUUUUUUCUUUCCUGGCUUUUCCUGGUGGCAACCCAAGACCGCCACCCGCAGCCCCUGAAUCCCGCAUCAAAAAGCGACCGAGGUUGCAAUGGCUUCACAAGACGCGCCCACCAAGGCCAAGGUCGCUAUCCUCUCGCUCGGGGACAUGGGCUCCGGCAUCGCCAGGCUGCUCGCCGCCCGGGGCUUCCCCGUGGCGACCAACUGCGAGGGCCGGAGUGCCGACACGGCCGAGCGGGCCCGGACCUGCGGCGCCGCGCUCUUCAAGUCGGACCUCGAGCUCGUGGACUGGGCCGACGUGGUGCUGUCCGUCGUGCCGCCCAGGGAUGCGGCCGCGACGCUGCAGCGCGUCCUCGACGCCAUGGCCUUCUCCAAGACGCACGCCCCCGCAGCCGCCGCGGCCGAGGGGUCCGGCAGGCCUCUCUACUUUGCAGACAUGAACGCCGUGUCGCCCGCCACGUGCAGGCGCAUGGCGGCCGACGUCGCCCGCACCCGCGUGCCCCUGCUGUUCAUCGACGGCUGCAUCCUGGGCGGGCCCCCGGCGCCCAAGAAGGGCGGCGAGGGCCGGGCGGAGGAGAAGGGGGAGGGGGAGGGGGACGAGUGGGCGGUGCCGCUGAUGCCGACGUCGGGUCCGCGUUCGUUCGCCUCGCUCGGCGACGCCCUCGGGGGCCCUCUGCUCGAAUCGACAUUGCGGGCGCGCCACAUCUCGGCCGACGUUGGGGCGGCAAGCGGGCUCAAGAUGUGCUUCGCCUCGCUCAGCAAGGGCUUCAGCGCCAUCGCCGUCCAGACCUACACGACGGCUCAUAGACUCGGCGUUCUGGGGGACCUCGAGUGGGCUCUCGGGGAGCUGGCGCCCGCCCGCGCCCGCCAGGCGGCGUCUGCCAUCACCUCAAUGCCGCCCAAGGCGUACCGCUGGGUUCACGAGAUGGAGGAAAUCAGCGACACGCACGCCGCCGACGGCGGCUUCGAUCCGUUCAUUUUUCAGGGCGCCGCCGCCGUCUUUCGUGCCGUCGCUCAGGACACUGUCCUUGGUCAAGAAAAAGUCGGCCAGAGAAAACGUGGCCUGACCGUUCAGGACGUGGCCGAGGCCAUGAGCGAGGGUAUGGAUCGUAAGAGGAAGAAGACCGAUUAAUGACUGUCUUUGCGAGAGACAAGGGGCGUUAUUGCAAUAGCUAAAUGUCACUGGGAGUUGCCAGAAUCUUUUAUCUGUGCAUGAAAUUUGCCCGAGGUCAACAAGAAGCUCCACUCUACCGCUUAGAGCAACAUGACAAGGAGAUAAUCGAGUUGUUCAUCGGAUACAGCCCUACGCCUCAUGCAUUUCUGUUAGUUGAAGAAAAAAUUGUAGACAGGAAGACACCAAAUGCCCC